UAUAUUCGAAUCAAUAUUGAUGGAGACUAUAUAGACAAUGAUGACGACGCAUUCCGCAUCAUAGCAAAGCAUCUUACGUCUCCUUUGAUGCGUCACAAACGUUUCAAAAAUGCACAAUUCAAAAACAUGGAGUUUCUAGAGAUUGUUCUUCAGGAGACGCAGAUUUGCAACGUGCCUUUGCUCAUUGUUCUGGACCAUUUCUCCUCAUUCUGCCACCAAACCAAGCAAACCCUCCUCUACACCUUGCUCGAUUUGUGUGGAAGCAAAAACGUUCAGCUGUGCAUCAUCGGAAUUGACUGCGAUUGCACCAUCACCGAACGGCUCGAAAAGCGAAUCCAAAGCAGGUCUUUCUAUGCUUCCGAAUUCACUUCAGAUUCUCGCAGCGGGAGAUCGUAG